CCGCCCUCUGGACCCGUUUGCCGCUUUCCCUUAGCCAAACUGAAACACAAUAAAGAAACCCGUUAUAUAUUUUUGGACUUGUGAUUAUUGGUAUCGACCGAAAUCGGCGAAAGAUUCAUAUGAAGAACAGCAGAGACAUUUAAAAAAACUAUUUGUAUAUAGUGAAAAUAGAACCAAAAAGCAAAAGUGCAAAAGGAAAUUUUUGCGAAAAUUUUAUAAUAGCUCAAAGGAAAUAAAGGACACAGACGAUGAUUCCAAUGAUGAACCAUAUUACAAAAAAAGUCGAAAAAGGAAAUCAGGGUUUAUUUACAAUAUGUUCAAUCGGGUGGAAGAGACAGAAGUAGGAUCUAGUAAACAACCUCACGAAACAUCUCUUCAGUACAUUAAAAGGAUUUUAAAAAUAGAUAUGAGCUGGUCAGCUUGGGACUUUGAUUCUACUGUAUUAGCAGAACAACUGACAAUGAUUGAUAAGGAAUUAUUUCUUAAAAUAUCAUCAGAAGAACUUAGUAUACUCGUAUACCAAAGGAAUGCAAAAAAUGCCCCGAAUAUAUCGGCGAUAUUAGCGUUUUCUCAUAGAACAAGUAGUUUGAUUGCUUCAGAAGUCCUUAAAGACGAAUCAGAGAAAACUAGAGCAAGACUUCUUGCAAGAUUCAUAAAUGUCGCAGAUAAAUGCUAUAGAAUAUCAAACUUUCAGUCAUGCAGAGCCGUAAUAGGUGGUCUCCAAAGCCCUGCCAUUUACAGACUCAGAAGAACAUGGGCAUACGUGAGAAAAAAGCAUGCGUCCAAAUACCUGAUAUUUGAAUUUCUGUGCCGACUUUAUCGAGAUCCCAGAUUGCCCAGCUAUCAAAAAACUUUUUACAUUAUGUCGCAGAACUCGCCUCAUCUGCCGUAUAUUGGGGAUAUUAUC